AAGAAGCAAGUGGAUGGCAGCUUCUGUCUGCGUGUUAAUUCCUGUGGAUCUUUCACCUUGACCAUUCCUCAGUUCAGAGCAUCUCUGAGAUCAUACGCCGCGACGCCCUGGCCACUGGAGCCCCAGCACUACCUGUCCUUCAUGGAGUUCGAGAUCACGUUUCGGCCAGACUCGGGGGAUGGUGUCCUCCUGUACAGCUAUGACACGGGCAGCAAAGACUUCCUGUCCAUCAACAUGGCAGGGGGCCACGUGGAGUUCCGCUUUGACUGUGGCUCGGGGACCGGUGUUCUCAGGAGUGAAGAGCCCCUCACCCUGGGCAGCUGGCAUGAGCUGCAUGUAUCCCGCACAGCGAAGAAUGGAAUCUUACAGGUGGAUAAGCAGAAGGUCGUGGAGGGAAUGGCAGAGGGAGGCUUCACACAGAUUAAGUGCAACACGGACAUUUUUGUCGGCGGAGUCCCCGAUUACGAUGACGUGAAGAAGAACUCGGGCAUUCACAAGCCAUUUAGCGGGAGCAUCCAGAAGAUCAUCCUGAAUGACCGAACCAUCCACGUGAAGCAUGACUUCACAUCUGGUGUGAACGUGGAGAACGCGGCCCACCCUUGUGUGGGGGCCCCUUGCGCCCACGGCGGCAGCUGCCGGCCCAGGAAGGAGGGCUACGAGUGCGACUGCCCCUUGGGCUUCGAGGGGCUUCACUGCCAGAAAGCGAUCACAGAAGCCAUUGAGAUCCCGCAGUUUAUCGGCCGCAGUUACCUGACGUAUGACAAUCCAGAUAUCCUCAAGAGGGUGUCAGGGUCAAGAUCAAAUGUGUUCAUGAGGUUUAAGACGACUGCCAAGGAUGGCCUGUUGCUGUGGAGGGGAGACAGCUCCAUGAGACCCAACAGUGACUUCAUUUCCUUGGGCCUUCGGGAUGGAGCCCUGGUGUUCAGCUAUAAUCUGGGCAGUGGUGUGGCAUCCAUCAUGGUGAAUGGCUCCUUCAACGAUGGUCGGUGGCACCGAGUUAAGGCUGUCAGGGAUGGCCAAUCGGGAAAGAUAACUGUGGAUGACUACGGGGCCAGAACUGGCAAAUCACCGGGCACGAUGAGGCAGCUGAACCUCAGUGGGCCUCUGUAUGUAGGCGGAAUGAAGGAAAUUGCUCUGCACACUAACAGGCAAUACAUGAGAGGCCUCGUGGGCUGCAUCUCUCACUUCACCCUGUCCACCGAUUACCACGUUUCCCUCGUGGAAGAUGCCGUGGAUGGGAAAAACAUCAACACUUGUGGAGCCAAGUAACACCAGCUGGCCUAUCCUGAGAAUCCCCGGGGCCCCGAGACCCUGCCUGAUGCUGUACACAGAGGCCCAGGGACCAGGUGUGUUUCUUCUCAUCGAGGAGAAAGUACACCCUGAUGAGAGACUGAGAACCAAGACAGGAGUCCCUGGGUGGCCUUUCCUGCUGACACUCCGUGGGCCAAACCCAGCAGAAUACUCUGUGUAGGAAGCAGCGGACUUUGUCCAUUGAAUGUGUAGCGGCUGCCAGAGAUCACACAUCAGUGCAAAUUCCAGAGCCCGUCUGCUAUAGCUCCAUGACUGUGUUGUGAUUCAUAGUACAUUAAAAAAAGAGAAAGAGGAAGAGAGAGAAAGAAACCCACAGGGCAGUAUUAAAAUACUUCUCUUCUCUGACUCAUGACACUUUUAAUGACAGCAGAAUGACUAUGUGACCUUGAACUUCAAAUUUCCCACCUUGGCCCAUGGAUUGUUCAGAUUAACCCCUCCCACUCCUCACUGGCUGGCUCGAUGUGCUCUGACUAUUCCAUGAAAAUAAAGAUGGAGGGAGAGAAACACA